AUGUCAUCUAUUUUCAAUUUAAUAGAUGGAAUCAAGGCUCCAAUUCUUAUGGUGCUGAUUCAGAUUGCUUAUGCUGUGAAUACCAUAUUGUACAAAUUAGUUGCAAAUGAAGGAAUGAGUUUGUGUGUAUUAGUGGCUUAUCGCUACCUCUUUGCAUCAAUUUUCAUGGUUCCUCUUGCUUACUUUGUUGAUAGGAAGAAAAAGCCAAAAAUCACAGCACAAGUUCUUGUUCAAGCAUUUCUUUGCGGAUUAUUUGGGGCAAGCUUACAACAAAAUUUGUACGCAGAAGCAGUGAUAUUGUCAGGUGUAACAUACGCUACAGUCAUGUUUAACCUUAUUCCUGCUGUUACCUUCAUCUUAGCAGUAUGUUUUGGAUUGGAAAGGUUGAAGAUUGGAACAUUAACAGGAAAGGCCAAAGUGAUUGGCACUAUAAUGGGAAUUAGUGGAGCCAUGAUUCUCACAUUCUAUAAGAGUAUUGAAAUUCACAUAUGGUCUACUCAUGUGAAUUUGUUGAAACAUACACAACCACAAAAUGUGUCUUCUCAUAAUAUUUGGGGCUCUUUUCUUGCCUUAGGCACUUGUUUAUCAUUUUCAAUAUGGUUAAUAAUUCAGGCUAAGAUGGGUGAGAAAUUUCCUUGGCAUUACACAAGUGCAGCUUUGAUGUCAGUGAUGGCUUCCAUUCAAGCAAUUAUAUAUGCUUUAUGUAUGGAAAGAGGUGACUGGAAUCAAUGGAAGAUUGGCUGGGAUAUCAAACUUUUCACCGUUGUUUUUUCGGGGUUUGUGGCCUCAGGAAUAGUUUGGGUUUCAAUUGCAUGGUGUGUGCGCAUAAAAGGCCCACUUUAUGCUUCUGUUUUCAACCCCCUCUUCCUUGUUCUAGUGGUCAUUGGAGGGUCUCUCUUAUUAGAUGAAAAGCUCUAUUUGGGAAGUGUAAUAGGAUCAUUGAUAAUUGUGAUCGGGCUAUACUUUGUCUUGUGGGGUAAAGGUAGAGAAUUGAAGAAAACUAUAGAGCAAAAGCAAACAACGGACUUGGUGGAGGAUCAACCAUCGAAGAUAAUUACUACAAAGCUUGAAGAUGAUAAAAGUGUUGAAAUUGUUGUAGCUGUUAGAUAG